CAGAACUUCAGCGCUGAAGACGCGAUGGCAGAAUCAGAAAAUCAGAAGGUUAUUAAGCUGGUACCUGAAAACCUUCUUAAAAAGAGGAAAGCGUAUCAGGCUAUUAAAGCCACUCAAGCUAAACUUGCUUUGCUUGAGAAAAGAAAGACCAAGAAAGGACAACUCAAGUUCACACGGCUUGAAACAUUUCAUAAGAACAGCAAGCGCAAACAUAGAGAUGAUGUCCGUCUGCAGAGAGACAGGAAGAGACCCCCUCCCGUUUUGCCACCAGCCAAGAACAGACUAGCAUUCGCUGUGCGCAUUCGAGAGAUUAAAGGAGUGAGCCUGACCGUGAGAAAGACCAUUCAGAUGUUGAGGCUGCGCAAAAUCUUCAGUGGUUCCUUUCUUAAAAUCAGCAGGACCUCUUUAAACAUGCUGAAAGUGGUUGAGCCUUAUGUAGCCUGGGGAUUUCCAAAUCUGAAGUCUGUUCGUGAGCUCAUUUUGAAAAGAGGACAGGGAAAGGCUGAUAAGAGAAAGAUUCCUCUAACAGACAACACAGUCAUUGAGAAAUAUUUAGGGCAGCACGGGAUCAUCUGUUUGGAAGACCUGAUCCAUGAGAUCUAUUCAGCUGGAAAGAACUUCAAGGUGGCGAAUAACUUCAUCUGGCCGUUCCACUUGUCAAUACCUCGACACUCGGCCAGAGAUAAAGUGGGCCUUAUGAAAGAGAUGGGGGAACCAGGACCUCGUGCUGAGGACAUUAACAGAGUGAUUCGAAAAUUCAACUGAAAAUCAAGGAUUAAACGUUCUCAGACUGUAUUGUUUAACAGAACAUGUUACCGGAUCUGCUUUCUUUGCCUUGUCCUCUUCAGUGGAAUAAAAUACGUGUUCUGCAGAGUGAUACUGUUGGCGCACACCAGGAAUGGACACAUUAAACCAGCUUCAAGGAUGAAUAUUCGAAUUAGAUCAUGGUUUCCUGAUCUUGCAUCACACCUAUAUGUUAAAUGAUGCAAUGUUAUUUGUAAUGUAAUAUUUCUUUUCGGACAGAUUGCAAAGACCAAUAUUCUAAGUUUUCUAUAUUUCAGAGCAUCAAUAAACAAAUGUGGUUUAGUACAAGUUCUUUUGUCAACUUCCUGUCAUUUCAUCAUCUUUUCAUGUUGCUGAUUGAUCACAUCAAUUUACUCAGCUCAGAAUCAACUGUUUAGAAUUUGUUAAAUUUCCUAAAUCUAGAUUGGUCUUCUAUUUUUAGGCUGUCAAACUCAUUGUGAUAUGAGUGGCUGGAAAUUGAGAUAGCAAAUUAAGUUUGUCAUAGUAAAAAAAUGUAUUACUGUUACUUGAGUCAGCAGUACUUUUAAAAUACUGAAUGUGACUCCAUUGAUACUUGCUGUACCAUGUAACUAAACAUAAAUUGAAAUAAAUUACUGACUUUU